AUGAGGGGCACGGCUGCGAAGAUGAUGAGGGCGGGCCGCAACGCCAUGGCCUCCGCCGAGAACGCGGUGCACCCGGAGCGCAGGCUCCACCCGGACCGGCUGGACCAGGGCAAGUGGGACCUCAAGUACGCGGACUACGGCAAGCUCGACACCACCACCUACCCCAAGCCCCAGGCCGCCUGGGAGAAGAUGCUCCCCAUGUACUGGUGGCACGGCGCCAAGGCCGAGGCCGGCGUCUGGCAGUACAAGCCCAAGGGCAACCUCUCCGGCCUCCAGGAGUGGCAGAAGCAGCCGUGGCCGCAGGUCGGGACCAUCGCGGCCAUCAACGAGCCCAUGGCUCAGUUCCAGUACCCCGCCACGCGCCGCAUGUUCCCCACCGAGAAUGGCAUCGGGCUGCAGUCCAGGUGGGACAAGCGGAUCUUCAUGCACAUGCUGGGGGGCCUGGGGCUGCUGUCGGCGCACGUGACGUGGUGCAUGUGGACCGACUUCAAGGGUGCGUCGUGCGCGCACAAGCUGUGGCAGGAGCAGAACGGGUCGGUGUGGUAA